GCACAUGACCGUGACGUCACGGCGAACGCACAACUUUCAUUUUAAGCGUUUUUAUGGGAAUGAAAACUCCUGCGCACUGAAAAUGGGAUGUUGUUGUUCCUCUCCCGGUGGGAACGACGAGGUACAGAUCAGAAGAGCGGCAGGUUUACUACCCGGUGUGUUGGCGUGAAUGACCUCGAUGAGCGUUUCAAUGACGUCGCCGAAACGUUCAACAAACAGCAGGAACACUAUGAAACUAUGAAGAACAUGCUUCAGACAGUUGCAAAUCGCUACAAAUGCCCAACUAAUGACAGUCUGACCCAAUGCCUGAACAAAGUCAAGCAGGAACAUGAGAACUGCUACAUCAGUCUGGAGGUUAAAGGAUAUGACUUCACUCUGAUGGUGAGGUCAGAGGCCGAAAUCCCCAACGGCCUGAAGAUGACGAAAGACAACAUCACAGAGCUGAGCAAAGCGGCCAAAGCCAUCAUAUCUGUGGCCACCAAACUCCAAGAAAUGAUCGAUUGGCUUCUGAAGAAGGAGGACUCCAUGACCAAACAGGUGGAGUCUACAGAAAACAAUAACCAAGACAAGAAAAGGCUGCUGGACAACCUGAAGGAAAACCUCCGAGAGGCACGGAGAGCGAAAGAAACGAGUCCAAAGUACAGGAAGGAGGCUGGAAAUCUUCUCAACGAGGCCGCGGUGCUGUCCGGCAUCACACCGUGAAAUACAUCACAGAUUCUUGCAAUAUGAAGAGACGGACACAAUAUUAGUACAUUAAACCUGACCAGUAUAAUACAGAGCAUUAGUGCAAGUAUAUAGAACUAUAGGCUGAUGAAGGAUUGUAAUAUCUAAAAAAAUAUAUAUAUAUUAAUAGACAUAAUACGACCAAUUUCUAUUUACUUUGGAAAGCAUAAAGAAGGCACACAAAUACAGAAGAGAAGCCAUUUGUUAUUUUACAUCCUCUUUUGUGUGUUUCCUGAUGGGUAUUUUCCACUAAUGAGCCAGUUUCGUUUCUAAAAGCACUGUCAUACUUGUUGAGCAUCAGUCCUCGUGGCUGUUUCUGCUGUGAAUGUGAAUAUGAGUGUAUAUGAAUUAUUGAUUACAGAGUAGAGGAAAACCAAUCUUGAACACUUUGUAACCUUUUCAUCCAUAUUUUAAAUUUGUCAGUUUUAUUUUGUAAUUCAAUCAUUCAUUUGUUUAUGUGAGAAUGAUUUUGCCUGUUAAAUAAAUUCACCAUUUGCCCUUU